AUGGCGAAAUUCACCCCUGAUGAAAGAUCAGUAUACCUUGCCUUCAAGAACGUCUUCAAAGGGCCGGAAGCUCAAAUUCGAACAAGUAAGAAGAUCCGCAAGCUUGUCCAGAAUCACCAAAACGAGACAGACAUUCGAGAUCUCAUCACCGAGUACAAUCAUGACAACGUCUGUAAUUCGAUCAAGAGCCUUCUCGAACAACAAAUAUUUGAGUCCACCUUGAAGGCCAAGCUCAAGUUUCCAGAGGUCUUUGACGUCUCCCCCACCCAGAGUGCAGACCGUGCUGCCUCCGAGGCAGAAGCUGCACAAGCUGAGGUAGAUGUGAUACACGACAUCUCUCAGGGGCAGCAGGAGGCAGGUGAUGACUUUCCUCACGCCGAACCCGAAGUCGAAGGAAAGGGAAAGAGCUCAGAGCUACAACCUACCACAGCGACGAAUUUGAUCAAACGAGCUCCAUCCUUGUAUCCCGUCUAUCUUCCCUACGCUAACCAGCACCGCAUUAUGAGACAAGUGCAAGAUCUUUUAGAGAGGGCCUGCUACUCAUUCGGCCAAGAUAGACUUGCUGGUAUCAUGUCCAAAGAAAAGUGGACAGGUCCUGAGUCUGUGGAGCUCAAUAUCUGGGCCACAAUCCUUAAGUCGAAACAAAGCCUUUUCGACAAGCAAGACAUUGCGAACCUCGGCAAGCCUCUGGCUGAAGUCCUCGAGUCAAUCACGAGCAUCCGGCACACGGCUGUACACAGACUCCAUGUGACAGUAACAAGACUUGAGCAGUACCUGUCUGACGCUGAACUUCUGGCAAACUUGCUUCACGAUGAUGUUUGCGCGAAUCACCUGUCGCGAAUCCGGCGGGAAGUAUCUCUUGCAGUAGACGAACUGAAGCUGAACAAGGAUGUUCUAGAGUCAAAAGUAGCAGAGACACUCAAAAAGCUGGCAGCCCAGAGGUUAGCUAUCGUUCAUGCCGAAGCUGCAGCUGUGGAGGAUAUGCUGAGGCAAGAUCGACAGUAUCAGGCCAUGGCUGGUUCUAACUUGGAACGGAGAAUUCUAGAAUCAAAGCCUGAAAACGAGACUGGAACAUCAACUGAACGCGACGACAAGACCGACUUCGAUCCUGAUACUGAUACAGAUGUUGCCGAGACAAACACAACCUGA